CAGAGAAGAGCGCGACCGCCAUUUUGAGUUUUACCUCAAACAGAACAUCACAAACCGAGGGAGAGGGUGAGCGGCUGGCUGAGACCGGGUUAAAAAAAAAAAAGAAUUUGCGCAUCGACUAAGCUUUUUUAAAUACGACCAGCAACAUUAGCUGUUUGCAUGAACGAAUGCGGCGGUUUCGUGUUUAAAGAUAACGGGGAAAGACUCGGGCAUCUCAAUCACCUUAAACUUCUAAAUUACUGCGAUUCCAAAUUAGAAGCGGGUUUGAAUGGAUAGCCUUUUUCUUCGUUUUCCCCCAGAAGAGGGACAAUCAGAGGAGCAUACGGACUGGGAAUAUUGCAGGGGGGGUUGUAUUUAAGUUUGGUAUUGUAUCUUGUGAUUUGCUGAAUUAAAAAAUACAGUUUUAGUUAAUGAUAGAGCUAGCGUUAGCUGGCUGUACACUGUUUUUCUCCGGCUGCAGGUCGUGGUGUGACUGACUGGUAUUUCUCUUACCUCGCCUGCUGCCCCAUAUUUCCUGGGGUAAAGUACGGAUUGAUUUUUCACAAUUGGCAUCCCGGUUUUGGAGCCGUAGUCAUCCACUAUCGUUAGCGAGUUGUAGCCCCCUCAAGGCGCCGAGAUUGGGCGAAUAGCGAGCAAAUACGUGCGCGUUUCUCUGCCUGCUCCCCCUCCGACUUUCCUCCCUCAAUCCCCGGCGCUGACAGCUGAAAAAGCCGAGGUCGUUUUAGAGCAGGCCCAGCCGCUAAGGCUCGACCUGUGUUCUCCACCUCCGCAUUCCCAAUCCCCACAUCAGCCUCCCCGGCCUCGGCUCCCCACGGAACCCACGUCGGAAAAGGUCGAGGGGACCCAAGACUACAGGCAUCAACACAACCCGUUAGCUGCCAACAUGAACAAUCACCAUCACACCCAGCAACAGCAGCAGAAAGCCGGCGAGCAGCAACUUAGCGAGCCCGAGGAUAUGGAGAUGGAAGCGGGUGACACAGAUGAUCCCCCGAGAAUCACUCCAAAUCCGGUCAUCAACGGGAACCUGGCCAUGGCCGACGGGCACAGCAACACAGAGGAGGACAUGGAGGACGACACCAGCUGGCGGUCGGAGGCCACGUUCCGCUUCGUGGUGGAGCGCUUCAGCCGGCUGGGCGAGUCGGUGCUCAGCCCCUCCUGCUUCGUGCGCAACCUGCCCUGGAAGAUCAUGGUGAUGCCGCGCUUCUACCCCGACCGGCCCCACCAGAAGAGCGUGGGCUUCUUCCUGCAGUGCAACGCCGAGUCCGACUCCACGUCAUGGUCUUGCCACGCCCAGGCGAUGCUGAAAAUCAUCAACUACAAAGACGACGAGAAGUCUUUCAGCCGCAGGAUAAGCCAUCUUUUCUUCCACAAGGAGAACGACUGGGGCUUCUCCAACUUCAUGUCCUGGAGCGACGUGACCGACCCAGAAAGGGGGUUUAUCGAAGACGAUAAGGUGUCCUUCGAGGUGUACGUCCAGGCCGACGCCCCACACGGCGUAGCGUGGGACUCGAAGAAACACACUGGCUAUGUUGGUUUGAAAAACCAAGGGGCCACGUGCUACAUGAACAGCUUGUUACAGACCCUGUUCUUCACAAACCAGCUUCGUCGGGCGGUGUAUAUGAUGCCCACAGAGGGGGAUGACUCCUCUAAAAGCGUGCCCCUGGCCCUGCAGAGGGUGUUCUACGAGCUCCAGCACAGCGACAAGCCCGUGGGGACCAAGAAGCUCACAAAGUCCUUCGGGUGGGAAACACUAGACAGCUUCAUGCAGCAUGAUGUGCAAGAACUCUGCAGGGUGCUUCUCGACAACGUGGAAAACAAGAUGAAAGGGACGUGUGUGGAGGGCACCAUCCCAAAGCUCUUCCGGGGGAAGAUGGUGUCCUACAUCCAGUGUAAACAUGUCGACUAUAGAUCUGAGCGAAUAGAAGAUUACUACGACAUCCAGCUCAGCAUUAAAGGAAAGAAAAACAUUUUUGAGUCUUUCAAAGACUACGUGGCGGUGGAGCAGCUCGACGGAGACAACAAGUACGACGCCGGAGAGCACGGCCUGCAGGAAGCGGAGAAGGGCGUGAAGUUCCUGACGUUCCCCCCCAUCCUGCACCUGCAGCUGAUGAGGUUCAUGUACGACCCCCAGACAGACCAAAACAUCAAGAUCAACGACAGAUUUGAGUUUCCCGAGCAGUUGCCUCUGGACGAGUUUCUGCAGAAGCCGGACGUAAAGGACCCGGCGAACUACAUCCUGCACGCCGUGCUGGUGCACAGCGGCGACAACCACGGCGGUCACUACGUCGUCUAUCUCAACCCCAAAGGAGACGGCAAAUGGUGCAAGUUUGAUGCGAACAGUGUUUUAAUGUGGCCGUUUGUGGUAGCAUGUUUUAAUUGCAGGCGUUCUAUGGUGUUAGGUGCUUUCAGGUUGGCUGUUUUCGGUAAGUGUUUUAAUUGCGGGGGUUCUAUGGUGUUCGGUGCUUUCAGGGUGGCUGUUUUCGGUAAGUCUGUUUUCAGUGCGGGUGUUCAUGGUGUUUCUUGCGCAGGUGAGGUGCUGCAGCCCGUCACAGACCUGGAUAUCCCGCAGCAGCUGGUGGAGCGGCUGCAGGAGGAGAAGCGGGUGGAGGCGCAGAAGAGGAAGGAGCGCCAGGAGGCGCACCUCUACAUGCAAGUGCAGAUCGUGACAGAAGACCAGUUCUGCGGUCACCAGGGCAACGACAUGUAUGACGAGGAGAAGGUGAAGUACACGGUGUUCAAGGUGCUGAAGAGCUCCACGCUGGCCGAGUUCGUCCAGAACCUGUCCCAGACCAUGGGUUUCCCACAGGAUCAGAUCCGGCUGUGGCCCAUGCAGGCCAGGAGUAAUGGUACAAAGAGACCAGCCAUGAUGGACUAUGAGGCUGACUGCAGCAAGUCUAUGAUCGACUUGAGUGACAACGAAAACCCGUGGACAAUAUUUCUGGAAACGGUGGAUCCGGAGAUGGCGGCCAGCGGGGCAACGUUGCCCAAGUUCGACAAAGACCAUGAUGUGAUGCUGUUCUUGAAGAUGUACGAUCCCAAAACAAGAAGCUUAAAUUAUUGCGGACAUAUCUAUACGCCUAUAUCCUGUAAAAUACGAGACUUGCUGCCGGUCAUGUGUGAAAGAGCAGGGUUUCAGCAAGGAACUAGCCUUAUCCUCUAUGAGGAAGUUAAGCCGAAUUUAACGGAGCGGAUUCAAGACUACGACGUCUCCCUGGACAAGGCUCUGGAUGAGCUGAUGGACGGAGACAUAAUCGUCUUCCAGAAGGACGACCCCGAGAACGACACCAGCGAGCUGCCGACCGCCAAGGACUACUUCAGAGACCUGUACCAUCGCGUGGACGUCAUCUUCUGCGACAAAACCAUCCACAACGACCCCGGCUUCGUAGUCACCCUCUCCAACAGAAUGAACUACUUCCAGGUGGCGAAGACUGUGGCACAGCGGCUAAACACCGCGCGUGCGGGCCUGCUCUGCAGUGUCUUCAAUCAGUGGUCGUACAGAGACGGACCAGGCAACCCCCUCAGGCACAACUAUGAAGGCACUCUCAGAGACCUGCUGCAGUUCUUCAAGCCCCGGCAGCCGAAGAAGCUCUACUACCAGCAGCUGAAGAUGAAGAUCACCGACUUUGAGAACAGGAGGAGUUUCAAAUCCAUAUGGCUCAACAGCCAGUUUCGGGAAGAGGAGAUAACACUAUACCCCGACAAGCACGGCUGCGUGGGAGACCUGCUGGAGGAAUGUAAAAAGGCCGUGGAGCUGUCUGACAAAGGCUCAGAGAAGCUCAGGCUGUUAGAAAUCGUUAGCUAUAAAAUAAUCGGGGUUCACCAAGAGGACGAGCUGUUGGAGUGCCUGUCGCCUGCUGCAAGUCGCACCUUCAGGAUAGAGGAAAUCCCUCUGGACCAGGUGGACCUGGACAAGGACAGCGAGAUGCUGAUCCCCGUCGCGCAUUUCCACAAGGAGGUCUUCGGGACAUUCGGGAUCCCCUUCCUGCUGAAGAUCCGACAGGGCGAACCCUUCAGGGAGGUCAUGAGAAGAAUCCAGACGAUGCUUGACAUCCAGGAGAAGGAGUUUGAAAAGUUCAAGUUUGCCAUCGUGAUGAUGGGUCGGCAUCAGUACAUCAACGAAGAAGAAUAUGAAGUGAAUCUGAAAGACUUCGAGCCACAGCCAGGUAACAUGUCCCACCCUAGGCCUUGGUUGGGGCUGGAUCAUUUCAACAAGGCCCCCAAGAGAGGGCGCUACACGUACCUGGAGAAAGCCAUCAAGAUCCACAACUGACGCUCUCCGGAGAGCCCUAAGCGACCCAUCACUAAAGACUUUAACCAAACCCCCCGUGUGCCCCGCUUCUAACUCCGCUGAGCCCAGAGGCGCACUGCGAAUGAAGAGCAAAAGGGUUUGCUGCUCAUCCUUCUUUCUUUAGGGUUUCCUUUUGUUUUGUUUUUUUGUUUGUUUUUCUCCUUUAAGUUUCGGGGGCUGUUCAGUUUGGCUUAACUAUAGACUGCCUACUUCGGGUCCGAAGAAUGAAAUGGGAUUUUAAAAACACUGGGCGGGAGGAUGGCAUGAUGGACCUAACAGGUGUUUGGAUUGAUUUUUUUUCUUCUUUUUUUUUUUUUUGUUGUUCCCCCCACAUUUUUAUUUUUAUUAGUUUUUUUUUUUUUUUAAGAAUUGUUAUGGCGAGAGAGCUGCUGCAUUUUGGAGGGAGGGGAGGAGAGUGGAUGGGGGAGGGGUUACCGGGCGGGGAGGCGGAGGAAAAGUCAGACGGGGGCUACCAUUUGCAGAAAAAGGUGUUCAACUUGUGACAUCAGGCCAGAGGGUCUAAGCUAGCUGCCUAACCUGGUCGUCGCAUAUUUCCCUUUCCCUUAGUGCAACUAGUCGAUUAUUUCAUGUUUACACAAAUCUUUCUCUCUUAGUUUGGCUGGAGGAAUUCCGCUUCUUUUUUUGUUUUUGUUUUGGGUUUUCUUUUUUUGUUUUUCCCUAUAGAUUGUAUAAUAACAAUUAAAAUCCACAGCAUCCGUUAAAAAAAAGUAAUUAAAAAAAAAAAAAAAAAAAAAACCAAGCGUCUGUACUUCAUCUUGCACGUCGGCACUUAAUAUCAAAGAUUAGAACAUUUAUCAGCACUUGUUAAAUGCGAUCUUUGGGUUUAGUUUGAUUCUUGCGUACGCCCUUUUGGUUCCUUUAUCUUUGGUUGGAAUUGGUUCCCAUCUCCUUGCGCUUUGUAGUCACUUGCUGUGGAUUUCCAGUGGCGAUGCCAUCAGACGUCUGAUGGGGUUAAGUGAUUUUUACUGUACUGUGCAUUUGCAAGAAGCUACGGACACUUAGCUGACUGGUUGAGGUUAUAGAAACCAGCAUUAAUAAACAAAUACAGACCACCUCCUCCCCCCCCUUUCGUUUUUUUUUUAAGCACAGAAGGAAUGCUCCCUAGCGUAGAGUUGGCUUUGUAAAGAAAAAAAAAUUGAAAAAUUGUAUAUUUAAAGAAUGAACAUGUAAAAUUAAACACAAAUUUUGUUGGGUACAAAACCAUUCAGAUGUGCAUAUUCAUUGUGUGUAGUUUUUAAUUUUGGUUUCUGACUUUUUUCCGUCAUAUACUGUUUUCUUUUAACUAAUUGCAAUGGUCUGUCUAGUUUAAGUGCAGUACAAAGAUGGCCUGCAGAUCACGUUUAUUUUCUUUUCUCUCUCUCCCGUCUAACUCCUCCGUGUAGCAGCUGUGUGUUACUAUUCCUGUAUAUUGCCUUUUUGCUGGGAAAUGUAUGUUGAAUAAAAAUUUUCUAUAAAA